CAUUGGCAAGGUGCGCGCUCGCGUGCGGAAAUCGUUCGUUAAUUUUGUUAUUUCGCUGCCGAGAACUUUUUUGGGCGCUCAUUUGCAUGCGUUGGGCGUGCGGUGCUUGACAUAAACCAACCGAUUUCGAAUACUAUAUGCCGCCUUAGCCUCGAUUUUUAUAAUUAUCCACAACGCAACAACAAGUGUUCGCGGUUAACGUUUUUGUUGCCGUCACCUUUACCGGGUCAAGCUAACGGUACCCGCAUCGAAAAAAAGAAAUUCAAACAGUUAUACUACAUUACCCAACAUGGAGACGGGUUUGCACGAACGAGAUCGUGCUGGUGUCCAGGACUUUGUGCUCCUCGAGAACUACCAGAGCGAAGAAGCCUUCAUCGAGAACUUGAAGAAGCGAUUCCAGGAGAACCUAAUUUAUACCUACAUUGGCCAGGUGCUGAUCUCUGUGAAUCCCUACAAGCAGCUGCCCAUUUAUUCCGAUGCUCAUGUCAAGGCCUACAGGAAUAAACACUUUUACGAGAUGCCUCCACAUGUCUUCGCGGUGACGGACAAUGCCUUCCGUUCGCUGAUCGAGGAGAACCGUGGCCAGUGCGUCCUGAUCUCCGGCGAGAGUGGUUCCGGCAAAACGGAGGCCUCCAAGAAGGUGCUGCAGUUCAUUGCCGCCUGCUCCGGCAACCAAACCACCGUCGAGGGUGUCAAGGACAAGCUGCUGAAGAGUAACCCGGUGCUGGAGGCCUUUGGCAAUGCCAAGACGAACCGCAACGACAACUCCUCCCGCUUCGGCAAGUACAUGGACAUCCAGUUCGACUUCAAGGGUGCCCCUAUCGGAGGCAAUAUCCUCAACUACCUGCUGGAGAAGUCGCGUGUGGUGGCCCAAAUGGGUGGCGAGCGCAACUUCCACAUCUUUUACCAACUGCUGGCCGGAGCCGAUCAGACUCUGCUGCAGGAACUGCGUCUGGAGCGGGCUCUGGACAAAUAUAGUUACCUGUCCGACGGGCUGAAUGGCAGUGUGACGAGCAUCAACGAUGCGGAAAGCUUCAAGCAGGUGCAGCAGGCGCUCAGUGUGAUCGAUUUCAGCAAGGAGGAGCAGCGCGAAAUCUUCGGGAUUGUGGCGAGUAUCCUGCACCUGGGCAACAUCGCCUUCAACGAGGUGGAGGGCAAUGCCAAGGUGAACAGUCGUGAUCUGGUGGUGACCGCCGCCCGAUUGCUGGGUGUGAAUGCCAGUGAAUUGGAGGCCGCCUUGACGCACCGCACCAUCGAUGCUCGCGGGGAUGUGGUGACCUCACCGCUGAACCAGGAGCUGGCCAUCUAUGCCCGGGAUGCCCUGGCCAAGGCCGUCUACGAUCGUCUGUUCUCAUGGCUGGUCCAAAGACUGAAUAUCUCGCUGCAGGCCAAGGAGACGCGGGGAGCCAGGAACAAUGUCAUGGGCAUCCUGGACAUCUAUGGCUUCGAGAUCUUCCAGAAGAACAGCUUCGAGCAGUUCUGCAUCAAUUUCUGCAACGAGAAGCUGCAGCAACUGUUCAUCGAGUUGACCCUGAAAUCGGAGCAGGAUGAGUACCGAAGGGAGGGCAUCGAAUGGAUACCCGUGGAGUAUUUCGACAACAAGGUGAUUUGCAACCUGAUCGAGGAGAAGCACAAGGGCAUCAUAUCCAUACUGGACGAGGAGUGCCUGCGUCCGGGAGAGCCGACGGACAAGACCUUCCUGGAGAAGCUCACGCAGAAGUUGUCGCUGCACCAUCACUAUGUCUGCCACGAGAAGGCACCUGCCCACAUCAAGAAGAUCAUGUUGCGCGAUGAGUUCCGUUUGGUUCACUAUGCCGGCGAGGUCACCUAUUGCGUCAAUGGCUUCCUGGACAAGAACAACGAUCUGCUGUUCAGGGAUCUGAAGGAGACGCUCAGCAAGGCGGGCAAUGGCAUUGUGAGGAGUUGUUUCCCCGAGCAGGAGCUGCGUAGCCUGAAGCGUCCGGAUACGGCCAUCACCCAGUUCCGUGCCUCGCUCAACAACCUCAUGGACAUCCUGAUGUGCAAGGAGCCCAGCUACAUUCGAUGCAUCAAGCCAAAUGACCUCCAGACCGCCUCGGUGUUCAACGACGAGCUGGUGCUGCAUCAGGUGAAGUAUCUGGGACUGAUGGAGAACUUGAGGGUGAGGCGAGCUGGUUUCGCCUACCGUCGCACCUAUGACCUCUUCCUGGAGCGCUACAAGUCGCUAAGUAAGUCCACCUGGCCGAAUUACAAGGGAGCCGGUGGCUCAAAGGCUGGUGUGCAGCAACUGGUCAAGGACUUGGGCUGGGACGAGGAGAAGUACCGGGUGGGUGAGACGAAACUCUUCAUCCGCUGGCCCAGGACCCUGUUCGAUACGGAAGAUGCCUACCAGGCCAAGAAGCAUGACAUAGCGGCCAUUAUCCAGGCCCAUUGGAAGGGAUUGAUGCAGCGGCGGAAGUAUCUGAAGCUCAAGGCCCAGGUGAUCGUUCUGCAGAGCUACUGCCGCCGGCGGUUGGCCCAACAGGCGGCCAAGCAGCGCAGGGAGGCGGCCGACAAGAUUAGGGCCUUCAUCAAGGGCUUCAUCACACGGAACGAUGCGCCCAACGGCUUCAACGAGGACUUCAUUGCCAAUGCCAAGCGGAUGUGGCUGCUGCGGCUGGCCAAGGAGUUGCCCACCAAGGUGCUGGACAAGAGCUGGCCCCAUGCCCCGGGACACUGUGAGGAGGCCUCCGUCAUCCUGCACCGCCUGCAUCGCCUCCAUUUGGCCCGGAUCUAUCGCCUCAAGCUGACGCCCCAGCAGAAGAGGCAAUUCGAGCUGAAGGUGCUCGCCGAGAAGGUCUUCAAGGGCAAGAAGAACAACUACGCGGCUAGUGUGUCCACCUGGUUCCAGGAGGAUCGCAUCCCCAAGGAGCACAUCCAGCGGGUCAAUGACUUUGUGGCCAGCACCUUUGGCAGCGAGCAGCUGAAGUACCAGUCCUUCUGCACCAAGUUCGACAGGCAUGGCUACAAGUCGCGCGAUCGCUUCAUCCUGCUGAGCAACAAGGCUGUCUAUGUCCUGGACGGCAAGACGUACAAGCAGAAGCACCGCCUGCCUCUGGAGAAGAUCGACUUCACGCUGACCAACCACAACGAUGACCUGAUGGUCAUCCGGAUACCGCUGGAGCUGAAAAAGGACAAGGGUGACCUCAUCCUCAUCAUUCCGCGCAUCAUCGAGUUCAGCACGUAUAUUAUCGACACCGUGGGAACGGCUCAGAUCAUCUCCAUUGUGGACAGAAAUUCGCUGGAGCACAACGUGGUCAAGGGCAAAGGCGGCGUCAUCGACAUCCAAACGGGCGCCGAGCCGGGUGUGGUUCGUGAUAAGGGCCAUCUUGUUAUUAUUGGAACGCAAUAAGGAAUUUACUAUGACUUUCAACAACAGAAAAAAGUGGCUUUAAAUCAAACGACGUUUGUUUUGUUAUAUUCGUGUAAUUUAUACUGUACCUAUGUAUUUUUGUUACUGCAAUUGAAUUUUAUAUGACUAAUGUUCCAACCUAAUGUAUAUUGUUUAUAAAGAAGUACUUAUAAAUAUAUGACAGUUUGUAUAUGA